AUGGCCCGCCAAAGGCGGCAUACUCGCGCUGCCAGCGAGGGAAGCCUCAGCAAAUCUGAAGACGAGGCUCAUGACCAUGGCUUCUUUGACGACGAGGCCUUAGAAUCCGCACAAUCUACAGACGAAGGGUCUGACUCUGACGAAGAGGAGAUUGACCCCUUUCCAUUCAACCGCUUGCCCCCAGAGCUUCGUGUACGCGUUUGGACCUUGUUUUGUCCUGACUUACUCGGCGCACCGCGUGUUCUUGACUUCAAUUUGGAUGAUAGCCUCUCGCCCACCAGAUCAUCACCUUGCAGGGUCGUCACCCCGGGGCUGGGCCUUGAGGAUCAGACGUGCGCCUUGCGCUGCGUAAUGGCCACAAACCAGGAGUCGCGCGCCAUCGCCAAGAGCAAGUUCCCCGACGACCUGCUCAUCGAGGAUAACGGCCAAGAUUUUACGCUGUGUGCAAACCUCAAGACCGACAUCGCCAUGCUCGACUGUGUUCCAAAUUUUCCUUUUGAACUUGGGAUACUUACUCCGGGCACGACUACCCAGGUCCGCCUGGAUGGUUUCUCCCAAUUCAUUGCCAACCUCGCCCUGCCGCUCCACGACGCAAACUUUUUCGCCGGGGCGGAAACAGAUGUUACUUCUUGGUUGCGCAAAUUCAGAUCUCUCCAGCGCGUUUUCUUCUAUACGGAGGAGGAACGCUGCAGUGGUAAUAGUCUGCGCUGGUGCGCCUCACGUCACGCGCGCCAGUAUUACAUUGAGACUUUUCAGAAGGAGCCGGGCUAUGGCGAGGACUUCACGAAGCUCGUCUGUUGGCCCGAUGCCCAACGAAAUCCCUCCUUCACCAAGGCUCACGUUCCUAAGUGGGCUACGACUAACUUGACAUCGAUACAAAAGGCGGCCUUUCAAGACGCUGGAGUAAACAUUUAUCCUAUGGUCGUCUUUGACACGGAAGCCGGCCUCGAACUCUUUGAUAAGCAUGUCGCCACAGACUAUCUGCCUUUAAAAGUAUAUGACGCCAACCAUGAUGGCUCGGAUGGCGAAAGCGAGACAGAAGAAUCCGAUAUCGAUGAGGACUUCGAGCCCAAUGGCGUAAUUGAGGAGGCUGAUGCUUACGAGAGCGACGGCAUCGACGACGAUGAACCGGAGAUUUUCCACGAGUCCGGAGAUGAACACCUCGAUGAUGGGAGAAGCGACGAUAGCGACGACAGCGACGGAGCUCGUGUGCCACCAAACCAAUUCUCAAGUCCCGAGCCGUCGGAAGACGAAGCAGGCUCAUCAGUACGCGGGCGCAAGCGCCGUAUCCUGGUUGACUCGGAUGAUGAUGAUGGUGACGAGCCCAUCACUCGACCCGCGAAGCGAAAGCGCGUCCACGUACUUGAUUCCGACGACGAGCCGGGCCCCGCCGAGGCCGCAGAGUCGCAGGCUUCUUCGUCGGAUGAGGACGAGGAUAGCGGCCCUGCGAAGCGUCGCAAGGUGGAAGUGGUGGAUAUCCCAGACAGCGAUGACGGUGACGACAGCGACGACAGCAGUGAAGAAGACGAUGACCAGCCGCAGCGCACCAGUCUUGCCGGUCGCCUCCAGAUCCGCGGUCGCAGUCGACGUUCUCCGUCGGAUGAAGAGGACAGCGAAGGAGAGGAAGAAGAGGACGACGAAGGAGACGAGGACGACGAGGAAGACGAGGAGGAUGGUGAUGGAAAUGGCUUGAUCGACGGCAUGGCGGUCGAAUCUGGCGAAGAUGAGGAUGAAGAUGAUGAAGAAGAAGACGAAGACGAAGAGGACGAAGAGGACGAAUAG